AUGAAGUUCGAAGCUACUAUCCUCGCCCUUGCGGGCCUAACUGCCGCUCGUGAGCUGCCCCUGUUCACCGGUAGAUUCACCAAGCGUGAGGUUCCUCAGGAGCACUCCCAUGAGGCUAUCCUCCGCGCCGUCAACACUGCUCUUCAGUUGGACAAUCCUCUUGAGAUCCAAGACGCCGUCUUUGCACUGCUCGGCAAUGCUGCCGCUGCUACCGGUGCCCCGAAUGUUGACAACCUCGAUUGCCUCCAGCAGAUCGUUGCUGACCAGGCUUUCACCAAUGCCAAGGCUGCUGGUGAUAUCACUGCUCAAGCCAACGCCAUCCUCUUCCGUGCUCUUGAGCGAAACACUGGCAAGGUCGGUCUGGAGUCCGUUCUCUGCAACGAGACUGCCGUCAACGCCGAGAUUGCUGCUAUUACCCAGCACCAAGACCCUGCCUCCGCCUCCGCCUCUGGCAACAAGGACAUCGCUCUCGCAGUGGCCGUGCAACUCGCUUCUAUCGGUGCUGAUCCCAACCUCGCCAUCCAGAGCGGUACCUUCGCGCCUGGCGAUCUGAACGACGCGACUGCUGCUGGUAAUACUUGCGAUGAUCCCGAUGAUGCUGUUGGCUGCAUCAUUAGCCAGAACCUCCUGGUUCCCGAUGUCACCGAAGACGAGAUUGCUGCCGCCGUCGCUGGUGUCAGCACUGGUGUUGCCGCUGGCAAUGCUGCCUCCAAUGCUACUGCCCAGCCCGCGUCCAGCAGCGCCGCAUCCGCGGACAAUGCUGAGGCUGCGACUGGCACCAAUGUGAAUGCUUUUACUGGUAACCUGGGCUCCGCCCCCGUCCCCGUCGUCAGCAGCGCGGGUGACCGUCCUUUCUCCGUCGAGGGCUCUACCUUCGUCAAUGUAGGCGCCGCCAUCCAGCGUGCCUGCGCCGUCCAGAACAACGCCUGCUCCAACGCCGCCAACUCCGGCCAGAUCGACGCCUCUGUCGGCGACUGCAACGCCCAGGAGCAGGCAUGCCGUGCCGCCAGCGGUGUCGCCAAGCGCGCGCUCCGCAAGUUCCGCAUCCGCCAGAACGUCGACUUCGGCAGCUGCGCCAACCCGGCCAUCAAGUUCGCCGAUAACCUUGACGGCCGCAAGGAGGCAUCUUUCGCCCCUGUUGACGAGGCUACCUUCACUCACGGCUCUGCCCUGAACAUCAAGGUCAUCUCCGACUUCAUCUGCGGCCAGCUCGCCUCCAAGUGCGACGCGUCUGACGCCACUGUCGCUGACUGCCAAGCUGCUUCGACUGCGGCUCAGGCCCAGCAGGGCCAGGCUGCAGCUGAUGCCUUCAACAGUGCUCUGGGCGUGUAA